AGGGAGCGCAGUGACGGCCUGUACAGCACGGUGUCCUAUCUGCUCUCCAAGAUGGUGGAGGAGAUGGUGGUCAUCCUGUUUGUGUCCCUGGUCGUCUCCGCAUGCAUCUUCUUCGCUGUGGGCUUCCACGGCCAGUACAUCCUCUUCUGGCUCGUCUACCUCGUCACCAUUUCCAUCGGCAUGGUGGUGGGCUAUUUGGUGGCGGCCUAUGCAUCAGACCUGGACGUGGCCAACGGCAUCCUGCCCGGCUACAUCAUGGGCCUCUACUUCUUCACCGGCUACGCGCUGCGCCUGCAGGAUCUGCCCAAAUGGAUCGGCUGGUUCCACUACCUGGACUUCCUGCACUAUGCCUGGGCCAGCCUCAUGCUCAACGAGUUCGAGUCGCGCCCUGCCGUCUUCCUGGGCAACCAGUCGUUCCUGGAGUACUACGGCUUGCCGCAGCAUGGCAUCUCAAAGUGGCAGUACCUGGGCAUCGAGGUGCUCUUCUUCAUUAUGUUCUUCUGCCUGGCAUGGCUGGCCCUGGAGUACAAGAAGCAUGGCAAACGCUGA